CACAGACAUAUUCUCACGCUCCCAAGUCCUCGAGUUCCAUUCCAGCUUUCCUAUAAAUAGUUGUUGUUUGACAACAAACAUGGCGUCUUUACCAAGAGUCGGAAGUGAGUUUAGUAUUGCUUUAGAUUUCAAAGUCGAUAAACUUGGCCCAGAUUUCAUGUGGUUUAAUCCACCGGCUGAGUUUCGUACGAGACAGAACGGUUCUAGUGGGAUGAAAGUCGUUCCUUACGGGAAGACUGACUUUUGGCGUCGAACGUACUAUAAACCAGAGAUAAUCAAAGACAAUGGUCACUUGUUACAUCUGGUGGUUAAACAGGAAAUGUGUAUUAUAGAGACGUCAUUUGAUUUGACAGCUUUCAAUCAGUUUGAUCAGGCAGGCAUUAUGAUCAGAAUGGGAAAUGAGAAAUGGAUGAAAACGGGAAUAGAGUUUGUGGAUGGCAAAUUUAGAUUAAGUUGUGUGGUAACAAAUAAAUGGAGUGACUGGUCCACACAAGACUGGCAUGACAGCAAACUAGCCCUUAGAAUACACAAAAUACAUGACGAUUAUGUAAUUGAAUAUAAACCUCGGUCUGGUAGUAACGACCAAUGGAAAUUCAUGCGAAUCACUCAUAUGGAAUCCACAGGCCACCCAAUACAGUUAGGACUUUACUGCUGUGCACCGACAAACGCAGGAAUGAAUGUAGUGUUUGAUAAAUUUGUCAUACGACCAACUGAUGGAGAAUACUCACACAAAGCAUCAUAAUGUCUUUCUUUUUUACAAGCUUAGUGGCUAAAUAGUCGGUGGCUAACAAAACUAUGGCCUUCGUUCUGUGAUCAAAUUCAAAGUAUUA